AUGCUGGACGAAAGGGAGAGAAACCUACAGAGGUACGCUUUGCAUCUGGAGAAGAAGGACCUCGUUUUUAAAGGGAACAAAAAAAAAAACGAUCUGAAGAGCAUUUUAUAUUUCCCAUCCUUGUUUUGGUUCAAUGGGCAGUUUUGUCCCCCCAUUCCCUACUUCACGUUUGAUCACCAUGAAGAGGGGACGGCAGAAGUGGGGAAUCCCUACCCGGAGGAAGGAAAGAAAUGUCCAUUCAGAGUAAGUGUGGUGGAUUUCCUAACCUGUGGGGUCCACAAAAACAGUGUCAUCGUAAAGAGAGUGGUAAAAAAUGAGGUCUUGAACGUAAGUAUGUUUAGCGACAUGAAGGUUGUGUCAUGCGUUUUUUAUGUAAACAUUGAGUAUGUGAUGGGGGUGGGUCCCUUCUUUGGCACGAGGAGGAAUCCUUUUUUUUUUUGUAUAUCUUGGGCCACUUUGGGGAAGGAGGGUCACGAAACGGGGGAGACGCAGCAAUAUACCAAGCGAGGGACCCAUGAGGCGGCAAAAGGGGGGAAGUGGCCAAACGGAGGGGCAAAAGUCGGAUCGUCAGCCCCAUUCGGGGUGGAAACCCCCUCACUCAGCUGCAACAUGCGGAACGCCCUGGACACGGCCCCUCGACAGCUCCUCCUCUACAACGAAAAGAAAGAAAUACACCUCUUCGACUAUGUAACAAACAAAUCUCGCUUAAUCACACGAGAAAAAAUACAAGUGACGGCACUGCAGUUUAGCUUUUUGCACAUAAGUGAGCACAACAGUCUUUACAGUAAGAUGGAGACAGACAUAUACGAGGGGAGCAUCAAGAUUGUGGACCUGGACCAGGUGGGAGAGCAGCUUUGGCGCAAGAACAGAUACUGCUUUGAGGUUCUGCAGGAGUCGCUCAGCGGGGCCACAGGUAAAUAUAAUCUGCCAAACGGAGAGGAAGCCCCCUGCGGGCAGUGCCGCGUGGACAAAAUCCUACGGCGGAUGUUCUACGUGCUUAUAUAUGGAGACAGCGAAGGAAACGUUUACUUCCUAAUCCCAGAGAAGGAAGUAAAACUAAAAAAAAACUUCAGAAGAGGGGAGAAAAUACACCUCAUCGAGACCAACGUGAAGGCCUACUUCAACACGGAAGGUGACAACAAUUUAGCCACUGUGUUGAGCAGCAAUGUAAACGUCUUUUUAUCCUAUAGGGACUGCAUUUUGGUUUUCAAUUUCCCCUUGUAUGAGCCCCUUUUUGUGGUGAACGUGGGCGAUGAGGUGAUUUUCUCCCUCAGUGCCUGUCUUAACGGGGUCGACGAGGUGUACUUUGCCUUCUCCACGCAGAGAUGCGUCAGAAUUGGGGAAGUAUCACGGGGGGGAGAAGUGCUCCGCGUAGAGGUAGACAACACUCAAGUGGAUAACACGAAAGAACACAUCGUCCAAGGGAGCGCAACCCAAGUUCAGCACAGUGGGAAUAACCCACAGAACUCCAAGCAGCAAAAGAGCCACACCUGCAUUUGCUUCGGAAGGGACAACGAUCUCUACAUAACCAGCGGGGAUAAGGGAAUCAUCCACAGGUAUAAUUUGAAGCAAAAACAGAUUACCCAUAAAUAUGACCCCAGAUGUAAGAGAAUCUUUUAUUUAUCCAUGUGCAUCCUGAACGGAGAAGACUACGCCUACGUGUACGACGCGGAGAAAUUCCUCUGCCUGUUCCAACUAAGCAAGCAAAAAAACGUAUACAAAGUUUUUACCCUGUCUGUGUGGGUUUAUCAUAUUCUUUGCCUUCGAACCAACGUUAUUUUUUCCCUCGGAAAUGAAAAUGUGUACUGUUUGGAGGUAAAAAAGAAAGGGGACAACAAGGACACCGGCAACAAUAACAACAAUCGCAACGAUCGAAACGGUAAUGUGUUCCUCACGAAGCCGUUCUACUCCGACCGGAUGAGCGUCUGCACGUAUAUGACAAAUCACCCAUACCUACCACUCGUAGCUUUUGUAAACAAGAAACUGCAGUUUGGUUUUUUCUCCUUGGUGGAUACUCAAAGGAGAAGUGUAAUCGUUCCGCCUAUACGAGAAAAUGGGAAAGUCUUUUCUUUAUGUUGGUUUAGUACAAGGAAGCAAAUGGAGGUGGUCGAUUUUGCUCCUGGCGGUGAUGACCUCACCGUUGGGGACCCUCUCACGAUUAAUCAGUUCACAGAUGAAUGGACAGGGGGAAUAACUCCAAAUGGAGGAGGAAAAAAUAAGAAAAAGGACGAAAAUACCCGGAUCAACACACACAUGGCACAUCUUAUACAGAACAGCCCUUACGAUACACACCUGGUAGUGCUGAAUGAAGACACGCUGUUUCUUUACAACGUCCUGACUAGCCAUGUGACAGACUUAAAGGAUUAUUUGAAAAAGGCAAUGCCCGAAUUUUGUGGAAAAAAGAAUUUUCUCAAAUCUACGAUUUAUGGAAAAAUAUGCUACGUUUUUAUUUUUUCAGAAAAAAAUAUGCUUCUAAUCUUUGACCAGCAUUUCACGUUUUCAUUGCGAAGGAUAAAUGUAGAUGACCGCAUUGUCCGCUUUUACCUGGGCGAUGGGUACCUCUUCAUUCACUCCAACACGUCUGUUUAUUUUACCUCCCUGAGGAACGCGCUUUCCCUCUUUCCUGAGUUCGCCCAAGGGGGGGAUGCGGAUGCUCAUGCUGAAAAUUUACUGUUCACGAAGGUGGAUACGGCAGAAACGUUUAAGAUAGUUCUUUUCGAUUUUCUCUGCGUGGGGGAAGAAACGUACUUGGCUGUUUUUACCAAGCGGAAGGAGAUUCUUGUGUAUAAGAUACGCAUGGGGGAAGACCAGAACGAAGGGGGCGGCACCACAAACAACACCCUGAACGGAACAAGUCUAGAAGCCGAGCGGAUCGCCCAAUUCCUCAGCUUUUACCACUUCGAACACUUAAACAAAGUAGGAAGCAUCCUGAGCAUGAAGUUUUUUUACUGUUCCACCAAACGGCGGACGUACUUAAUUUUCGGCGGGCUGGAGCAGUUUCUCUUCUUCUGGGAUUUUGCCAAGUAUCCCCUCGUGCGGCGGGGAGAGGGCAACAUAAAGGGAAUGAGUAGCGUGGGGAAAUGA